GGGCGGAAGUUUUCCGCCCCACCCGUAAGAGUUGAGGUUUGACCGGAGCAAGAGAGGAUCCUAUCCCGCGUUCCAGUUUUCCUUGGCUCCUCCUCCUGUUGCUGCAGGUGUUAUUCCUGGGACUCAGAUGGACCACACAGCCCCGACCUACAUGCUUGCUAACCUAACCCACUUACAUUCUGAACAACUUCUGCAGGGACUGAAUCUUCUUCGCCAGCAUCACGAACUCUGUGACAUCAUUCUUCGAGUAGGUGAUGUUAAAAUUCAUGCUCAUAAAGUGGUACUUGCCAGCAUCAGCCCAUACUUCAAAGCCAUGUUCACUGGAAACCUUUCUGAGAAAGAGAACAGUGAGGUUGAAUUUCAGUGCAUUGAUGAAGCCGCGCUGCAGGCCAUUGUGGAGUACGCCUAUACAGGGACCGUUUUCAUUUCUCAGGAUACAGUUGAAUCUCUCCUGCCAGCAGCAAACCUACUCCAGAUAAAACUUGUCCUUAAAGAAUGUUGUGCAUUUCUUGAAAGCCAGCUUGACCCUGGUAAUUGUAUUGGAAUUUCCCGUUUUGCAGAGACUUAUGGUUGUCAUGACCUUUAUUUGGCGGCUACUAAAUUCAUAUGCCAGAAUUUUGAAUCUGUUUGCCAGACAGAAGAGUUUUUUGAGCUUACACAUGCUGAUUUGGACGAAAUUGUCUCCAAUGACUGCUUGAAUGUAGCUACUGAAGAGACAGUUUUCUAUGCAUUAGAAUCUUGGAUCAAGUAUGAUGUACAAGAGCGUCAGAAGUACCUAGCACAGCUGCUGAACAGUGUGCGGCUACCACUGCUGAGCGUUAAGUUCCUCACGAGGCUCUAUGAAGCGAACCAUCUUAUCCGUGAUGAUCGCACUUGUAAACAUCUCUUGAAUGAAGCCCUAAAGUACCACUUCAUGCCUGAACACAGACUCUCUCAUCAGACAGUCUUGAUGACACGACCUCGCUGUGCUCCUAAAGUAUUGUGUGCAGUAGGAGGAAAAUCUGGACUCUUUGCCUGUUUGGAUAGUGUGGAGAUGUACUUUCCCCAGAAUGACUCAUGGAUUGGUCUGGCGCCCUUAAAUAUUCCUCGCUAUGAAUUUGGAAUAUGUGUUUUAGACCAAAAAGUCUAUGUUAUAGGUGGUAUUGAAACUAGCGUGCGUCCUGGUGGCCCUGUCAGAAAACAUGAAAAUUCGGUGGAAUGUUGGAAUCCUGAUACAAAUACCUGGACUUCUCUGGAGAGGAUGAGUGAGAGCCGAAGUACUCUUGGAGUAGUAGUACUUGCGGGAGAAGUUUAUGCUUUAGGUGGAUAUGAUGGACAGUCUUACUUGCAAUCUGUAGAAAAAUACAUCCCCAAAAUAAGGCAAUGGCAACCUGUGGCCCCGAUGACAAGCACAAGAAGUUGUUUUGCUGCAGCGGUCCUGGAUGGGAUGAUAUAUGCCAUUGGAGGGUAUGGCCCCGCUCACAUGAACAGUGUGGAGCGUUAUGAUCCAAGUAAGGAUUCCUGGGAGACGGUUGCAUCCAUGGCGGAUAAGAGGAUUCACUUUGGCGUUGGAGUUAUGCUAGGUUUUAUCUUCGUGGUAGGUGGACAUAAUGGUGUUUCACAUUUGUCAAGCAUUGAAAGAUACGACCCUCAUCAAAAUCAGUGGACAGUGUGUAGACCAAUGAAAGAACCCAGGACAGGAGUUGGUGCUGCAGUAAUCGAUAACUACCUUUAUGUAGUCGGUGGUCACUCAGGGUCUUCCUAUCUGAACACAGUACAGAAAUACGAUCCUAUCUCAGAUACAUGGCUGGAUUCAGCUGGCAUGAUAUACUGUCGCUGCAAUUUUGGAUUAACUGCACUUUGACAAGUGUGAACUUGUGGAAAUCGCACAAGGUGGUACCACAGGAAAGAAUGCCCAGUUUCCUGAACCUGAAAGUCAGCUGCACGGCUUUCUUUGUAACUUGAAGUGGCAUGAAGACUCAGUUUUGUUAGGUACUUUGAACUGACUAUUAGUCUGCUCUUGAUUAUACAGUGAAUCAAUAAUUAAACAAGGAAACAAAAAGG